GUUCGUUAAUAAUGAAUACUCUGAAUAGUAUGACAAAUCCUUAUAAUAUGCCUUAAACACCAUAUGGUGGGAUUUUAGAUGCAGAUGGAUGUAGAAUGCUUGCUCGAAAGAUUUUCUCAACUUACGAUGGUAAAAUAAUUGAAUAAUUUUGAAUAGUUAGUAACAAAGGAUACAUAGAUGUUGUAGAUAUAGGAUCUAUGUUUAGUGAUGCAUAUAGAUCUUAAAAUAUAAUAACAAAGCCUAAAGUUAAUGAGACUAAUGGAUUUAUGAAAGCAAUUAACAGUAAAUUAAUAAUAUUAAAAUUAUCAUAGAAACUGCAUAGAAUAGAUUAACUUUGUAGGAUGUUGAAUAAUAUUGUUUAAAAAAGUUUUGUGGUACGUCAUAUUAAUUUAAGCAAUAAUGGACGAUGAAUAAGUUAUAGUUUCUUAUUUAUUUUAGAUAACCUAAUUAUAUUGAAGAGCGUUUAGAAGUGGCUAGAACAUUAUUCAAAAAACUUGAUGCUGAUGGUUCAGGUUAUAUUACAGAAGAUGAAGUUUAUGAAAUUAUUAGAGAAACUUAUAGAUAAAUGGGUAAUUACUCUAUUUAAAUUCAGGAAUGAAAUAUGAACCAACAGUUGAUGAUGUUAGAAGUUGGAUACAUAUGACUGAUUCUGAUGGAGAUGGUAAAGUUACUUUAGAAGAUUAUGAAAAUUUAGUUUUAAAAUCUUUGUAAUAACAAGCUAUUUCUUAUAAUCUAAGUUGA